AUGGUCGAUGCUGAUUGGUUGUUUGGCCUCAGGUCCAAAGCCACUCGUCUGGAAUCAGUGCUGAUCCAGUGCACAGUGAACCUGCUCCAGUCCAGUGUGAUGAGCGCCAGAGCUGAGGCCCCUCCCCUCCCUGUGGCCCCUGUGGCCCCUCCCCUCCCUGUGGCCCCUCCCUGUGGCCCCUCCCGGUGCGUGGGACAGCGCGGCUCGCUGUCGGCCGGGCAGCCACCCAUCUGUCAAUCAGCCGCCGCCGCCGCCCGGCCGACCUCUGAUAGCGAUGCUAAUGUGCAGCGCCUCGCUCUGAUUGGCUGGAUGUGCUCAGGGGCUGGAGGCGGCGGCGGGCGCGUGAUGGAUGAGGCCGAGCUCGCCACGCUCAUUCAUCACUCCUGA